AUGGCGCGCCUCACUCCAUUCCGAGCAACGGCCACCCCCACCGCCGUGGGCGAGGUCCCCUCGGGAGAGUGGCGGGCGCGCUCUGUAGAUCGCCCAGGGACGCCCCCCAACCCACCCAAGUGGUCCCCACCCUGUUUUCCUCGCUCGGGCCGGGCGGCCCUGCGCGCGCCGCCGCCGCGCGUCCCCCGGUGUCCUGGCCCGCGCCCCCCAGGGGAGACGAUGAAUGGGGCUCCCCUCCCCCAUGAGGGGGGGUCCCCGCGGCCGCGCAGGUUCGUCCGGCCAGCCCCGGGCCCGGCAGACAAAAGCAGCACCGGGGAGACCAAUGGAGCGCUCCCCACCCCCACCCCCCUCGCCAAAACUUACCGGUCACCUCCCCCCUCCCCAAAACAAAGAAGCUUCCCCUUCCCCCCACCCCGCUCCAGUCUCCGCCCGCCACCCCCAACCCCCGACGCGCCGGCACUUUGGGGGAGCGGCCCCAUCGGGGUAUUGUUCAGCCUGCAGGGAGCGCGCGCAGCACCCCAGCCCGAGCCCCCGGGGGACACUUGGGGAGGCUGGGCACCCCCUUUCCACUGCACCCCCGCCCCCUACCGGAGACGGGGGUCCCCGGGCGGCCGGGCGGCCGGCGUGACCCCUCAGAGGGCGGGAAUGAGCUGGGCCCGGGCCUCCCCCCAAGCCCAAGCAAGAGAAGUUUCCGCAGCGCGCCCGGCCCGGGCCGAGCCCCGCGCGCGCACUCACCUCGCCCCGAGCCGCGCAACUUGUGUCCGGCGCCGCCGCUCCGAGCCUGCGCCCCGCCGGCCGCCGCCGCCGCCGAGCCCGGGCCGCGCCGCGGCCGCCGAGGGCCCGGCGCCCGGAGCCGCCGCGCGCCGCCCCCCCCGGGCCGCCCCCGCCCCGCGCCCGCGCCCCCCGCCGCCGCCGAGUCCCCGAGACGCGCGGGCGCUGGAAAGUUUCGGGUGCCGAAUGGCGGCGAGGGCGCUGCGGCGGCGGCGGCGGCGGCGGGGCGGGGGCGCGGGCGGCUCCUCGCUCCCGAGCGCGGAGGACGGGGCGGGCGGGGGUGGGGGGGAAACGGCGGCGGCGGGAGAGGGCGGGACGCGGGAGGGACCGGCGCGGCCAGUGACCUCCGCUGGGGAGCGGCCGCCGGAACGCCGACCCCGGCCGGGAGGACGGCCCCGGGCGCCGCCCCCAGCCUGCGCCCGCCCCACCGCCGCCGGGGGAGGGGAGCCCGGGGCCCCUGCGCGCUCCCCCACCCGGGACCCCCCAUCGCCCUCCCCCAUCACCCCCCUACGGCCCCCAGUGUGCGCCCUCCCCCACCGCCCGGGGCCCCUGCACUCUCCCCCACCUGGGCCCCCCCAUCGCCCUCCCCCACGCCCAAAGAGGCCUAGUCCCAGGCCAGCCCCUCCCCCACGGCCCCCAGCCUGCCCCCUCCCCUACCGCCCGGGGAGGGGAGCUCGGGUCCCCAGCACCCUCCCCCACGCCCAAAGGGGCCGCGUCCCAGGCCAGCCCCUCCCCCAUGGCCCCAAGCCUGCCCCCUCCCCCACCGCCCGGGGAAGGGGAGCCCGGGUCCCCUCCCCAUCACCCUCCCCCAAGACCAAAGGGGCCGCGUCCCAGUCCAGCUCCCCUCCCCCCUGGCCCCCAGCCUGCCCUUUCCCCCACCGCCGGGAAAGGGGAGCCCGGGUCCCCUGCCCCCUCCCCCACUCCCAAAGGGGCCGCGUCCCAGGCCAGCCCCUCCCCCACGGAGGAUAG